AUGGGAUACGGUCGAAUAAUCGUCUUGUUUGAGAGGCACAACCCGGGGUUGGUCCUCGUGCUGCUGGGAUACAACCCGCUCUCCAAGGCCCACGCCCGAGACCUUCUAAGAAGCUUCUCCCAGGCGCUCGCUACAGUCACAGGGGUUACAAUCACACCCCACUCCUCCGCUAAGGCUCUGAGCGGCCAGGGAGGAUGGGAGGGGCGGGUGACGGAGGAGGGGCGGGUGAUGCUGGGGGAGGCGCUUGCUGGGCUGGCGAGUGGGGUUCGAGGCGUGGUGGGAUCGUCCAUGGCUUGUGUGAAGAGGUACCCUGAUGGGCCCCAGGCGUAUCUCGUGAAUCCCGAUGGGGACUGCCCAAUCCCCUUGGAUGAUGACGAUGAGGAGGAGGAGGAGACGGAGGAGGAGCGGAAGGAGAGGAGGAAGAAGGAGCGGGCGAGGCGGAAGGAGGCGAGGGAGCGGAGGGAGAAGAUGGUUGCUGAGAGGCAGAAGCAUCGGAAGCAGAAGCAGGAGAGUCAUGUCGGCAGUGACUUUGUGGCGGCUGCUGCGGCCCGAGCCAGAGUUGCUGCUUCGGCACCCGGAGCUCAUAGUGAGGGGGCAGGAUCGGGGUCGCUCUCCAACACGUCUCCUCAUCACCAGCACCACCAGCAACUCUCUCAGCAGCAGCAGCAGCAGCAGAAGAAGCAGCAGCUGCAGCCGCAGCCACAGCAGCAGCAGCAGCAGCAGCAACUCCAGCAGCAGCAGCAGCAGCAGCAGCAGCAGCAGCAGCAGCAGCAGCAGCAGCAGCAGCAGCAGCAGCAGCAGCAGCAACAGCAGCAGCAGGAGUCACAGAAGCAGCAGCGCAAGCAGCAGCCCAAGGAGGAGAAGAAGAAGGGCCGGCAGAGCAACGUGGGAAGCAGCCUUGUCUUUGCGGCAGCAGCCGCAGCCCGCCAGAAAGCCGAAGCAGCAGGGGCGUCAGGGCGGCAUCUGGGCAUGCCGCACGUGGGCAGCACGGGCGGCACAGGCACAGGUACAGGGACCCCGCAUAGCUACCACAGCGGCCCUGCCAGUGGGAUGAACAGCGGCAUGAACAGCGGGUUUGGCAGCGGGGCUGGUAGCAGCGGCAGCAGCACCCCUGUGAGUAGCCGAGGGGCGGAGGAGGAGCAGGAGGUGGGGCUGAUGCAGAGCGGGCUGAGUGGGCAGAGUGGGCAGACUGGGCAGGGUGGGCAGAGCAGGCUGCAACCUAGGGAUGGGCAAGGAGAUGAGAAACGGGCUUACUAUCUCUCUAUCCAGGGCAGCAGCGCUGUUGCUAGUGCUGGUGCGGGUGCCCCUGCUGGUGCUUCUGCUUCUGGUGGUGAUGGUGAUGGUAUUACUGGUGCUGAUUCUGGUCUCGAUGCUGCCACUGGUGCUGGGUUGGGUGAAGGUGGUAGUGGUAGUGGCAGUGGCAGUGGCAGACGGGAGGAGGAGAAGCAGCUUGAGUCGCAGUCGUCAGGUGGGGCUCAGGGCAAGGGCAAGGGGCUGCUGUUUGGAAUCAGCAAGUCUCUAGGAGGUGCCAAGAGCAAGGAAGGCAAGGAGAAGAAGAAGGAGAAGGAGGAGAAGGAGAGGGAGAAGGAGAGGAGGAGGAAGGAGAAGGGAGAGAAGGAGAGUACUGUGGGGAGCAGCUUCGUGGCAUCUGCAGCAGCCAGAGCUGCAGCUGCUGCUGCCACCAAGGAGCAACUGGGCGCUGCUGCUGGGUCUAAUGGGGGAGUGGGCGGUGCAGGACGGUUGGGAGCGGUGGGAGGGUCCAUGGGGAGGAUGAGUGGGGGGGGGAGUGUGCAGGGUAGUGUUGAUGGUGGUGGUGGUGCUGGUGGUGAUGCUGGUGGUAGCAACAGGAACAGCACAGGGGUUCGAAGCAACAGGAGCAGCAGCAGCAGCCUGCAGCAGCAGGAGCAGCAGCAAUACCAGCAGCAGUAUCAGUACCAGCAGCAGUAUCAGAAUCAGCAGCAGCAGCAGCAGCAGCAGCAGCAGCAGCAGGAGGGUGACGGGGAUUCAGUGAGCGAGCGAGAGUCAAUGUCAGAGCGAGGGGGGGAUGCUGAGGAUACCGAGGGGGAGAGUAUCGACGGGGAGAGUGUGGAAGGAGAGAGCAUCGAAGGGGACCGUGGGGACGGAAGCACCAGUGGUGGUGGUGGAGGGAAGAAGGGGAAGAAGAAGGGGACGAAGAAAGCCGGCCUGCGGGGCUGGCUGACCAAGAAGCUGCAUGCGUCCUCCUCUCUGCCGCCCGCCAGCCCGGAACGAGGGGCAUUGCCCGCCGCCCUGUCAUCUCCCGGCCGCCCGGGGGAGAGCCCCAGCCGCCUGCGUGACAGCCCUGGCCGCCCACUUGACAGUCCCAGCCGCCCGUUUGAAAGUCCCGGCGCCUCACCCAGUCACGGUGGGGUUGGCCUGUCGCAUAACCGUGGGGGUUCCUGGGAGGCCGGGCUUGGAGGUUCUGGGGGCGCUGGGGGCAGUGGUCGUGGCGGUGAGGGGGUUGGUGAAGGGUGA